CUGUGCUCAUGCUGGUUAUCUCCCUUUAAAAUAUAGGGACGAAACAGAAGGCUUCCGAAUGAAAAAAGGCGGGGCAUCCGAUUGGCAGGCUAGCAAGGAAAGUUGCCCGUAGUAAUUUUGCACAUUUGCAGUUCCAGGUAGAAAAAUACCAAAAUGCCUUUCAAAUUACCUUUCUUAAGUUCAACAAGAAAACAUAAAGGACAAGAUUAUGAUAAGCUAAAGAGUGAUUGUAAGAGUAAAGGAAAUUUGUUCAUUGACACAGAAUUUCCUCCAGAUGAUAGAUCUGUGUUUCACACACAAGGAAAGUUAGCAGGUGUUGUAUGGAAAAGGCCUAAGCAAAUAUGUGACAACCCAAAGUUGUUUGUAGAGGGCGCCAGUGCCGGUGAUGUUACUCAAGGUCGAAUUGGUAACUGCUGGUUUGUUUCUGCAGCUUCCUGUUUAGCACAGAAUAAAGAAAUUUGGCACAAUGUAAUUCCUAACUCCAAGGAGCAGGACUGGAAUGAGGAUAAGCCAGAUGAUUAUCAAGGAAUAUUUUACUUCCGUUUCUGGAGAUAUGGUGAAUGGUUGGAAGUUGUUAUUGAUGACUUUCUACCCACUGUAAAUGAUGAGUUGAUAUUCAUUCACUCACAGUCUAAGAAUGAGUUCUGGAGUGCCUUAUUAGAGAAAGCUUAUGCCAAAUUGUUUGGGUGUUAUGAAGCUUUAGAUGGUGGAGACUUAGGUGAAGCAUUGGAAGAUUUCACUGGUGGUGUAUCAGAACAGAUUGAUAUGGUGAAACUGGGCGUGGCUGAUAAUCCUGAAGAGAGGGCAACACUUUAUAAAAAAUUUGGGAAAGAAAUGGAGAGAAACUCGCUAAUGGCAGCAUCUAUUCCUGCUUUAAGCAGUGAUGAAAUGGAAUCUGCCACAUCAACAGGUCUAGUCAAAGGUCAUGCAUACGGUGUCACUGCCAUCAAAAAUAUACAUCUAGAAAACCAAACCAUGUUCAGUAGGCUAUUUAAAUCCGAUGAUAAAAUACCAAUGAUAAGAUUGAGGAACCCUUGGGGACAAGGUGAAUGGAAAGGAGCAUUCAGUGAUGGGUCUGAUGAAUGGAAUAAAAUCCCAGAGGAAGAAAAAAAGAGAGUUGGUCUGACAUUUGAAGAGGAUGGAGAAUUUUGGAUGUCCUUUGAUGAUUAUUGUCAGAACUUUGUACACACUGCAGUAUGCCGAGUGGUCAAUACAUCAAUGUUCUCAAUCAAUAAAACAUGGCAUGAAGGAAGUGCUCACGGAGAAUGGAAGAGACCAGACAGAGCAGGUGGUUGUGCAAAUAAUAGAGAUACCUUUCUUCAAAAUCCUCAGUUCUUGUUCGAUAUAAAAGAUGCAGAGGAUGAUGUAAUGUUUCACUUACUACAGAAAACCAUCAGAGGAGCAGAAGGAAGUGAAAAUUUGACCGUAGGGUUCACUAUUAUACAGGUUGAAGAAAAUCGUCGUUUCAGAAUUCAUGAUUUGACUCAGCACACCAUUGUAACAUCUACAGUAUUUAAAAAUCAGCGCUCAAUCUUUUUGAAACAUAAUCUAAAGCAAGGCAGAUAUGUAGCUGUGACCUGCACGUUUGACAAAGACUUGGAGGAAUCAUUUUUGUUUCGUAUCUACUCAGCUAAUGCUAAUGAUUUUGUGCCACUUCUACAUGACAAACCACAGAAGAGUUUUCUAAACUGUUGUGCGUCUGCUCCUCAGAUGGUUACAAAGGUGAAGGUCAUGAGAGCUGAAGGAUUGGAAAGACAGGAGAGAACUGGAGCUGAUCCCUACUGUAUAAUAAGUUGUGAAGGAGAGAAAGUAAGGACAAAGACUGCAUCUGAUACUACAGCACCAGAAUGGAAUCAGUCAGCAGUCUUCUUCAGGAGUAGACCAAAUAAACCAUUCAAAAUACAGAUUUGGAAUCACAAUAUUCUGAAAGACACGUACAUGGGGAAGCAUGUUUUUAUGAGUACUGAUGACAUGAAGGACAGUAUUAAAUCAGUUGAUUUGGUUGGUCGAGGAAAACAAGGAGAUCAACAAAGGCCUGGGAAAUUAACAGUUAUGAUCACACAGAGCCGGAACUUCACUGCUAUCUAAGUCUACAGAGAGCUUUAAAAGAUCUGUAUGUCAACAGGGUGCUUUUGUAAAGUUUUGUCAAUGAACGUUUGUUUGUGGGUUUUUUUUAGCUCUUCAAAACCCAGAUAAAACUGAAGUAUUUGAUAUACAGUUUCUAACACCUUAUCUUUGAUUUAUGUAUUAUUCUAAUUUUAUAUGUAGCACAUAAGAAUUUGUUGGCUGUACAGUACAGUAAGAUUAUAAGGCAUUUUAUUUUUUUAACUUUCAUUUUAAGCUCAGAUUAAUCUAGUAAACUACUGGAUAUAUAACUUAAUUGAUUGUUGAAUGUGUCAAUAUUGCUAGAAGAAAAGUUACAUUAAAACCCUGCUCUGUCCUUCCAGUCUGUCUGUCUAUCCGUCCUGUGACGUCACAUUUUCUCAGGAACUAUAAAUCAGAGCUUCCUAAAAUCUUGUUACUGUAUACUUAAAAAUUCUCAGAAAUGAUGUGCAUGUUUGUAAUUUUCUUCACAUAUUUCUUUUGAACUACAAAUUAUAUCUUUUUGAAAUUGGAAUCAUGCCUCAUGUUUAUAGCAUUCUCUACUGUGUAAUGUGAUUUAACUUCUAUCACUCAGUAAUUUCUAGCAAGCCAAUACUUAAUGCCUAACAGUGUCUUGCUUAACGGUUGGGUAAAUCUUUGUUGACAUUCACACUUUUCAUAUCAUAUUUUGCAAUCUUAAGUAUUUUAAAUCUGAUUGCAUACUUAUAAUGACCUUGUAAUUUGUAUGAAAAAAGGCAAUACAAUAGUGUUGUUUAAUUAUAUUAUCUGAGCAAAUCUAUAUACUGUUGUCAACAAAUUUCAUAUGAAACCUUCUUUUAUCUGUAUGUAAAUUUGUAUGUUAUCCUGUUGUUAAUUUAGUUGUAAAUUUUGUAUCAUACUCAAUGUUAGAAGAAGUGGUGAAUGUAAUCGCUUUUAUAUUUUUCUAUUAUUGUAAAGGUAAUACUAUGCUAAUGCCGAGAUUAUUAGGCUUUUGGGGUAAAGAUUGUAAAUAUGCAAUCAGAUCCCUUUAAGCGGCUGGCUUGAUAGUUAUUAAAUUUCCAGACUUUAUCACCACUUUUUACCAUAUAAAACAAAACAUAGUGCAUAAAACAACAUUCUUUUCAUCAUAUCCAUGAACAUUUUCAGAAAUUUAUCAAUGAAAUACAUACAUCUAAGAUAUUCAAUUUACAAAAUAACUCGUAUAACGAUACUUGUCAAAAAAAUUACAUUCAUUUUGCAUUGUGCAUGAAUCUAGUAUCUUUUCUAAAUAUAUCAAAGAUGUCAUUGUAAAAGUGAUAUUAUAAAUUGAAGUUAUCUCCCUUUGUCCAUAGUUAAACCAACAACAAUAAUACAUCUCCAACGCAUAUUCUUUUAUUGCCUUCCAAUUCUUAAUACACUGCAAUUUGGUACAUCUGCUUACAACAUAAUAUAAUUCUGCAGAGCAAGUGAACAGGAUGAUGAUGCUAUUUUCUUUUUGCAUUUUUUUGUUAAGAGUUGCUGGAGUAGGUUAGAGCUGUUAGACAAUAACACUUUUAUAAUGGGUAAGAGAUACUUCUACUGUUAGAAAAUAACACUUUUAUAAUGGGUAAGAGAUACUUCUACUGUUAGAAAAUAACACUUUUAUAAUGGGUAAGAGAUACUUUUAGAUAAAAUAUGUCUAUGAAACAGGUUAAGUUUGUUAUUAUAUUAUUGAAACAGAAGUAAAAGUAUAUUGAACUCUAUUUAUUGCUCAGAUAAAUGCUCCCUGAAAUGUAUUGUGAAAUAUUACAUGCACUACUUUGUAUUGUCAUAGACAUAUUGUAUUAAAUGUAUAUGUUAAGUGUAUGAAACAUUUUAACAGUUGUACAAAAUCUACAUUCUUUUUUGUCUAUAAAAGUAAGGUAGUACAUGGAGUAUGAAAAUUUUGGGAGUAUGAAUCAAGUAUAGGGCAUUAUUAUAGAUAGAUAAUUUCACAUAUCUUGCAUAAUUACAUUAUUGUGUGCAAAAUGGCUAUUGGCUGUGUGCAAUAUUCACGCUUGCUCGUGUAGACUUUUUGAAAUGAAAAUUAUUGCUUUUGUAUACAUGUGUGAAGUGCUAAUGAAUAUUUUUCUAUGAAAGGAGGAGUUGUGGUGGACUUGCAAACCUUUUUUUGGGACAACAAAAUUAAGCAUUGCAAAUCACAGAUUUAUGAUUAAAGAUUAAUAAGAUUAAUGGCCUUCAGCUCAAAUUAGCAUGGAAGGUUAAAAUUAUUGGCAGAAUGUUGGGAUUUUUUAGCUUUCUUUUUAUAUUUUUUUCAAUUUGUUGACUAUGUUUGAUCUGUUUUUUCCUCACACAUUUUUUUUUUUGCAUUUCAUUUUUCACAACUUUGGUGACUACAUGUCCAUAUUAUGCUUAGGUAUUAGAGAUAGUGUAUAGAGGGAUGUUAGUUUUAUAUUUGAUAUAGGCAGCUUUUAUUUAAUGUAUAUACUACUGUAUAUAAUUAGGCUUUUAUUAUAUUUUGAUUUUUUUAUUACUCAUCUGAUGUUUUUUGUAACAUUUGGCAUUUAUGAUCUGAAUUUGUUUUAUAAUAUUAAUUAUAACUGUUUUAGAAUCAAUGAACAAAUUAUAUUUAGUAAAGAAAUUUUCUUUAACAGAAAAAUAAUUGAUGUGUAAAAAAAAGUUCUCAUAAAAUUGUGUACAACUAGAGGAUUUUGACAAGUUUUUUUAGAAUUUGUAAUGGUAAUGACAAGACUGCAGAUGAAAGUUAAUGAAAACAUUUACAUACAAUUUCAAUGAUUGUAGGACUAGGCUACUUUGAAAGCAGGGUAUUAUACCUUACCUAAUAAUGACUUCACGGUUCAGCUAGGAAGCAAGCUAAACAAAGAUAUAACCUUUAGCUACACACACAUUGAAAUCGGCUUUAAGAAGUAUUAGAACAUAUCUUUAUAAUCUAGUAGAUCUUAGAAUGAACAAACUUAAUGUCAGCAGAUAUUACGUAUCAAAUAUAAUUCUUCCAUGCUGAGAUUUUUUUCUUCCUAAGACUUAUUUAAAAACUGCUAGUGUUUGUUGAAGAAUUGAAAUUUUUAAUCAAGGGUGGUAGUUUUUUACAACUUCGACAUGUACAGCAGAUUAUAUUUUUAUAUGAUUUGUUACAAUUUAGGAAAUAUAUUUUUGUGUUUUUAAAAAGAUUUAUAAAGGAAUACAUAUUUUUAAAUCAUUAAAAUGAUGAUAUUAGAAACGGAGAUAAAACAAAUGGUUGUAUGAUUGUUAGUUAUAUUGUGAUGAAAAAAUAUAAUACUAUUUUUCCAUUUGUGUAACCAUCGGUUGUUUAUUUAUCAUCACCAACAUCAUGAUAUAUUUAUGCAUGCUUUCAUCCUAUUAAUGAACCACUGCUUUAUUUAUUAUGCAUUAUUUGAUAAAAACUAUUUGCUACAUAUAACACCAUUUUAUAUGAAGCUGUAGAACAAUAUUUACUUAUGUUUUAUUUGCUCUUUUUAUUCAAUAAAAUAUUUUUAAUAUU